AUGUAUGACCGAAACUUUGAUCUGGAUAACCACCUGGAAAGCUUUCGAGUGCUCAUGCUCCUCUAUGGAUACUCUGACACCUUGAUGUACCGGGCUUUCCAGGUGACUUUCAAGGGAGCAGCCCAUCGAUGGUUCUCCGGGCUCCCACCAUGCUCCAUCAGCUCAUGGGAGCAGUUCGCUAGUCUUUACAUCACCCAUUUCAUCAGUAAGCAACAGAGCCAAAAGAUCGUCGUCUCACUCAUGUCCAUUCGACAGAAGUGUGGUGAGAGUUUGCGGUCAUACACUAACCGCUUAAAGAAAGAAGAGCUUGAGGUCCAAGACCUUGACCCCAUGGUCUCCAUGCACGUAUCAAUCAACGACCUCCUACCGGGGUUGGCCCUCAAGUGUUCCGUUGCUAAGAAGACCUCGGUUGGCGAGCUGCAAGGAGAGGCCAACCACAACCGUGGAGGCUCAGACAAGAAGGGAAAGAAUGGGGACGGCUGCAGCAUCAACAUCAACAACAACAAAAAUAAAGAUAACAACAAGAAGCCACUUGGCUUGACCUACAACCAGUACAUGCCACUCAACUCUAGCCAAACACAAAUCCUUAUGCAAGUAGGGAAAGAGGAGUACAUGAAGUGGCUAGAGAAGAAGAGGAACCCCAAGAGAGGUAACCCUAAGAAGUAUUGCAAGUACCACCGCGGCAUCGACCAUGACAUCGAGGACUGUUAUGACCUAAAAAAUGAGAUCGAGUUCCUCAUCCACCAUGGUCACCUGAAGGAGUACAUGGGGGAUGAUGCCGGCACCUCAUCCUUACAGCAGCAACAACAACUGGCUAGAGUCAUUGAUGUCAUCAUUGGAGGCUUGGCUUCUAGUGGUGCUUUGGCCUCGACCUACAAGGCCUAUGCUAGGUAG